CACAGAGGCAUCAGUUAACCAACAAGCAUCAAAUCAAACGAUUCAACACUUCAAGAUGCGUCUUGCACUUUUUGCCCUCAUCGGCGUGCUCUGCCUCGCCUACUGCUAUGCUGUCGACGCGGAAUACGAGCAGAUCGGACUACUGGAUGUGGACGCCUCAGGAGUUAACCACGAGAAUGUCGGCGAGCGAGAGGCUCGCCAAUGGGGCGGCUAUGGUCGCGGCGGAGGCUGGGGAGGACGUGGCGGCUGGGGAGGCGGUGGUUGGGGCGGACGUGGCGGCUAUGGAGGCGGUGGCUGGGGCGGACGCGGAGGUUAUGGAGGCGGCGGCUGGGGUGGUCGUGGUUAUGGCUGGGGAGGUUAAGUCUUAGCUUCAGCCACAACUUCUGCUUUCCUGCCAACGCACUCCGGCGUCCAGACACAGCGAUAUCCUUCGUAUCCUGUCUGUGCAAAUAAAGAACAUUUCGCAAAAAAAAAAAA